UUGUUCAAUCGUUUCUACACUGUGGGUUACACUGCACACGUUAAAAUCACCAUGCCGGAGUUAGGAUAUUGGAAAAUUCGAGGGCUUGCUCAGCCAAUCAGAUUGCUGCUUACAUAUGUCGAGGAGGAAUUUCAAGACACUAUGUACGAACAAGGAGACGCACCCGAUUACAGCAGAGAAGCUUGGACUAGUGUAAAGCCUAAGUUUGCAGAACAGCUUGACUUUCCAAAUCUGCCGUAUUAUAUAGAUGGGGAUGUGAAAAUUACACAAAGCAAUGCCAUUCUUAAACAUAUCGCCAGAAAACAUAACAUGGAUGGUGAGACUAUCCGAGACAAGGCUAUAGUAGAUAUGCUGCUUGACCAAGCUAUGGAUCUGAGGAAUGGGGUUGUGAGACUAUGCUACAAUAAAGAUUAUGAUAAAUUGAAAGCUGAUUAUUUUAAAAAUGUUCAAGCUCAACUGGCAGCAUUUGAAAAGAAACUGGGAAAUAAUAGUUGGUUUGUUGGUGAAAAGAUAACUGUUGUUGACUUCCCGAUGUACGAGUUACUGGAGCAGCACACCAGGAUGAAACCUGAUUCGCUCGAUGCAUACCCGAAACUUACAGCAUUCCUACAACGAUUCCAGAAAUUACCAAAUGUGAAAGAAUAUCUGACGAAGGACAGUGUUAAAAAUAUGCCGAUCAACAACAAGGUUGCCAGUUUCAGAUAGACAUUUCGACACAAUAUGUGUUUACAGGCGUACAGACACAAAAUAACCAAGUAUCACUUAAAGGAUCAAGCACUCGCUAAAUAAUAAGUUAAAAUAGUUUCUAGCUCGACACCAUAGUUAUAUAUGUGGGAACCACAUGAGGGAUAUGAGAUAGACCUUUUAAUGUCAGUAUAAUUUGAAGACAUUGCAAAUCAAUAUUUACCAUAGGACACCACAAUUACAAUUGUAGCCAAUUUUACCGUGAAUCAGAAAAGUAUUUGUUGAGUGUUUCUUUUAAGACAAUGGCCCAGAUUGGAAAUGCAACCCUUAGAACUUCGUUCAGUUUAUAUAAAGAAUAAAGAUGACUAUUUCUUUAGCGGUUUGUACCCUAUAAUUCAAUAUUGAGCGGUGAAUAUCAGAUAUCAGAUCAGAUAUCAGAAUGUUGUAGGGUAUGAAAUGAAAAUAAACGGUUUUAAGUCUGU